UAUUUUUAGCACCAGGAGUGUUUACAAUACAAUUUGGAAAACCCCAUCAUUCCAGUAAAUAGGACUGAAAAAUAUAGAUUUUGACGAACACUCAUAGAAAAGAAUUUAGAAGUAUGUAAUUCAAAAGCCUUGAAGGGUUUGAACUCUAACAUAGGACAUGAUGAUCUUUAAAGUAUAAUUGUAUGAACAAAAGUGAUAUCAGAACUCAGUCUCUACAGUAUGUUAUUAUUUAAGCGAAAAAUCGUCAAAUUGGCUUAAAUAAUUUUUUCUGUUCAAAAAUUGUGGUUUCUUAUCAGUGUCUUCCGGUCAAACUGAUCCCAAAUGCGAUAUCUUUGGAGAUAUUUCAGAGUGGGAAAAAGAGGUGGAAUUGUAUGAUCAGUGAAGAAUCGACACUCCUAUUUGACGAUUCGUUGACAGUUGGACUCGAGAUGCCAUGACAUGUGUGGGUGAGAAAUGUUCUUCAUAGUGUAUGUUCUAAAUAACCCCUACAAUUCACUAAAAUUUAACGAAAAGAGUUAUUUUUUGUACUGGAAAGGACACCGGCUUUUCGAAUGUCAGUUUCGGGAAUUUCUCUCCUGAAUCGAAGUGUUUUUGAGCUUUUGAAAUUUAAUUCUUCGAGUGAGUUGAGAUUCGCUUUAGUGAAAAGUGUCCAGGAUGAGUGGAUCUGCAAGGAGUCGAAAUAACACUUUAUUGUGCUUGAUGGCUGUUUAUGGCAUUCAUGGAGUCCUUUUUCAUGUUUUAUCAUCGCCUCCAGUUUUAGUUACGAGUGUCAUUGUAGAACCGGCGUGUUUGAGAACUAUUAUUAUCAAAAGCCGAUUGAUUUCCGAUACCAAUUUCUAUAAUCAGAGUUUUCCGGCCGUGAAUAAAACUAAGAACAAUGUUAGUGCUCACCUUGGUGCACACUUGUUGGAGACUUAUCACACAAACAUUAUCGGAAAGAAUGUCGAUGAUUUGAUUCGAAAUAAAACUGAUUCAUCAACGAAUGAGGUUUCGCUGAAGGAAAAUCGGCUUUUAGAAAAACGGGAAAUCUCCUAUUCUGUGGAUGAAUUAUUGGAUUCAACGUCCUUGAUUACAGCGUCGGGUACCUUAUCAGCAAUGCCCUUUUUCUCUUUAGACUCGAGAGUUCUGAAGAUUUUAAGCCCUUCGGCUUGGGGCGUCUUCAUUGGGUGCUUGGUAUUUUUAUUCACGUCCACGGAUUGUGAAAUAAAAUUUUCUUCGAGAUGAUUAUAAAGUGAAGGUUAUGAAAAUAAACUUAUUAAAUUAUUAUAAAUGAAAUAAUUCACUUUCAUAUUGUAAUAU